AACGCGGCAACAUAGAUAUUAUUCAAGUCUAUUCGGACUUGGGGAAUUAAGAUCACUUCCGUGUCUGACCCUUCAUACCUCUCUUUGAGUCUUUUCCCUCUAGGCCUGACGUUCCGAUUGGGAAGCCAAGGGUCGCGUAUCUCGGAGUUAGCGACAUGCAGUCUAACAGCAAAUUCGGAGGGAAGAUUCCCAAGGCGUGCGAACCAUGUCGCAGGCGCAAGAUUAAGUGCUCUGGUCACAAACCCUGUCGACAAUGUGAGAACAGGCCAUCCGAUUGCGUGUAUCGGCUCAAACCGCGCGUGAGAUUGUCAUCGAAGCGGGCCGCGGCGACGGUAACAAAUGCCGAGACUGGCCAAGGCGUAUCCACCCCGGGCUCUGAUCGCUUUCGUCGGGACGAAGCUGCUUCUCAACGUUCAGCAGAAGAACACCAACAACACGUAGCACAGACUGAAGUCUACCACAGCGUUGCCGCAGCUCACCAUGCGCCAAAGUCCACCGACAGCUCACAACUCUUCUACGGACCUUCUUCAAACUCUGCUUUCUUGCAGCAGAUCCAUCGUGGUCUGCUUUCCGGUCAGUAUGGCCAGAGCCAUAUCAGAGAUGUCCAGGAGGGAGGGCCGGGGUUGGACAUGUUUAUGCAGAGGAACAUAUUCUUUGGCAUGCCGCUAAAGAUCAACGUUGAGCCUGCUCAGCCAGCAAGCUGCCCAGUAUCUCUGUUACAGGCGGAAGAGUUCGUUCUACACUUCAAGACAACUCACUUGUCAUCUUUACCGUUCUUCACCCCUUGCGAGCUUGAUGACAUGGUUCCCACUUUAUUCAACUUAACUCUCGACACAACUGUUCAGCCUCAAAGGAAGACAGUGUUCCUCGCGGCUCUUGCGUUAGGAGCAUUGAGCACGUCACAAACUGACGCCGCAGAAUCACUCUUCAUCCACGCGAAGAAAGAAGCGGCGAUAUACGAAGAUUCGGUAACUUUGCCGAUGAUACAGUUUUCGAUUCUCUUGGCUCACUAUCAGCUGAACAUGGGUCGACCUAAUUCCGCUUACUUACACAGCGGCAUCGCAACGCGGAAAGCCUUGUCCAUGGGCCUGCAUGCAGGGACCACAAGUGCGAUUUCGCGAAAAGAAGAAGUUCAGGGAAGAUUGGUGACGUUAUGGUCUCUUUACUUCCUGGAAAUGUGAGUUUUGUUUUGAUUGACGAUGGACUGCCUUCUUCUUGUGCAAU